AUGGUCUUUCGUCGCUGUUCCUUGAGAGGACGUGAUUUUGGUGGCCACUCAGUAGCAGCAGCUAUUGACCAGCCGGACGAUCGGCUUGGCAGACCACGGCCUUCCAAGGACCGAGGCCUGGAAGCUCUCCUCAGUCGUGCCGUUCGGGAAGCUGACAUUGACAGCCCAAUAUAUCUGUUCUUUCUCACGAUGGCCAUUUGCAACACUGUUGUCGUGAACGCGAAACCUCAUGAGGAUCUUAUGGAUCCCGAUGGUGACAUGAUCGACAACAGCGUCGAGGAAUCGGAAACUACUGAGAGGCUAACGAUUUCACCGUUGAGUGUCAAGUUCCUUGAGGAAGUGGAGGAGGAAACUUCAUUGAAAAGCAUGGCUGCCAUUCCUGGUAUUCUGCAUCGGCCAUCCUUGCUCAGCCUUGCUCGCCUCAAAGGGAUAAAGGAGCUUAGUCCGUUCCGAAGAUCGGUGGACAAACGUCAAUCGCAGUCCUCUCCUCCGAGACCGCGGCUCCACUGCAUUCUUACUACGACUCCGAGUCUCCAGACGAGCUCGCCCGUUGAAGCUGCCCCUAGAGAAUACGUGUUCGACUGCCGGAACCUGCUUCAUACCCUGCCAUUCGACUCGGAUCGCAAGCGGAUGUCCGUGAUUGUACAGGAGUGCACUGGAAAAAAGAGGGUUCUACUGUUGACGAAAGGCGCCGACGCCACUGCACAAGAACAUCUAUCUGACUACGCAAAAGAAGGUCUACGAACGCUUUGCUUAGCUAAGAAGUACUGGAGCGAAGAAGACUACCAGACUUGGCGUGCGCUACAUGAAGAAGCCGAACUCGAUCCUCAUCAUCGCGAGAAUCUGAUCCGAGACAGCAUACUGAAGGCGGAGAAGGAUGUGGAACUACUAGGCGUAACUGCGAUAGAAGAUCGUCUUCAAGAGGGAGUACCUGAAUGCAUCCAUCUGCUACGUGAGGGCUGGUAUUUGUGUGGCUUUAUUGAUGGCACAAAGUCGAGACGGCUUCAACAUCGAUUUCGCUCCCCGCGUAUCUCAAUGGACAUUCUGAAUGUUGGUGCCAAUGGAGUUCGAUCAGUUUCUGAUUUACUGGAUGAGCACCUUGCACGUGUUAGUCGAGCAGGCGAGAUCACUGAAGAGGCGGCAUUUGGACUGGUCUUGAACGCUUCAUGCUUGGAUUACUGUGUUGAUCCCCAUAACGAGGAGCGUUUUGUGCAACUACUCAAGAGCUGUCGUAGUGUACUGUGCUGUCGAGCGACUCCACUUCAAAAGGCUUCACUGGUGAAAAUGGCAAAAACCCGUCUUGGUGGAAAAGUUCUAGCUAUUGGAGAUGGCGCUAACGAUGUCUCGAUGAUUCAA